AUGAACACUUCUAUCCGCAAAUUAUAUACUUUCAAAAAGAAAUAAAAGAGUUUUGAUAAAACCUUUGGUGCUAAAUAUGUUUAAGAUUUACUCAACAAUAUUAUUGUUUAGAAAAUUGAUUUUUCAACAACUCAUGAAAUUUGUAAAACAGAAGAAGAUCUUGAUUUGGAUGAUUUACAUAUACAUGAUAUAUCAAAAACAGAAGGACCAGAAGAUAUUAUUCCAAAUCUUGAUCAAAUAGAUGAUUUAUCAUAAAAUUAAUCUGAUUUAGUAAGUCCUAGAAAGAAAUUCAUUACAUAUGAUUCAGACAAUUAUAGACUUAUUUAUAGAUUAAAAAAAUCUAAAUCUAAAUAGAUUGUUGUUCCUUGCAAAGUAUCAAAACGCACAUUCUAAAUGACUGAUCAGGAUUUGUAAUUUUAAUAAUUGUUUGAUCAAUCUACUUUAUAAUUUCAACCUCCUAAUGAAUUAGACUUUUUAAUUCCCUUUAAUGAAUUUUAUUAGAAAAUCAAUGAAAUAGUACUCAAUUAAUUGUGA